UGAAAGGCUUCAGAUGACCAGCUCCUGGCUAUUUCUUCUCACCCCUUCCCUGCAAGCGCAUACUUGCCUCAAUUCGCCCUCAUGAUCUUGACAAUACCAAUCUUUUCUCAGUCACUUUGCUUCCUGCCCGGUGGUGGCUCAGUCCCGACCUGUCAGUGUCCUUGUCCCAAGCCCGCCAUGUCUGCUAUUGUUUGUGUUCAUCGUCCCUCCCAAAAGGUAUUCGACUCGUGCAAUUGCCCACCUCUUGUCCUCUCGGACUCUGUCUGACGCAGUCACUGCCCACCUCCUCGCUAUAUUACUCAGCACCCAUCUUCCGAUCCUUGUCAAUACAGAGUUUAUAACCCACUCUGAUUAGUGCCUGGAAUGAGGUGAUCGGAGAGGAGCAGCAGCCACGUGUGAACUAACGUCAGUGAAGCAGCAGCCCAGGCUCCGGGCAGCCAGUGGCGGGCUCUGCGCGGCCGCUCUGCUGCCGUGAGGUUCCCUACAGCUAAGAAAUGAUGUUACUGCAACUCGUGACUGCAGCCUUGUGCCUGGGAGUAUCUGUUUCAGUUUAUGCACAUGGUCCAGAAAAAGCCUUUGAGAUUCCACCAUGGAAUUUUACGAUGUUUUGCACACUGCAGAAGCAGGGAGCUACUGAAAAACACAGAAACUGGCAGCCCCAGCCGCACAGGAAUUCAAGCAGUCUCCACUCUUCACUUAGUGAGCAUAUGAGAAAUGCAAAUACAUCGCGUUCAAAAGACCAAGAUGGCUUCAGUUGCUGUCUCUGGAAAGAGGCUGGUGUGCAUUGCCCUGCACAGUUCAUCAACAGAGAGAAAAGUAUAAGAAUGGACAUCAAGUGUUGGGCAACAGAAGACCUGACACUGUUUAUCUGUACAUUGAACCCAGAAGAUUGGAAGAUGAACGAGUUUGCCAAGUACAGAAUAAAGCAUCAGGAUCAGCUGUUACUUGACCAGAAGGAAAGCAACAUUUCAACUUAUGUUAGUAAUUGUGUGGAGCAGCACGUAAUUAAGUGCACCAUACCCUCCCCUGAUCUGAAUCGCAAGUAUUUCAUUUGGAUAGAGCUGAUUACCAAUUCUGGAACCUUACAGUCACCUUUGAUGUUUGUCACACCAAUAAAUGUAGUGAAGGUAAAUCCUCCCCUAAAUCUUCAAACUGAAAUGACAGUUGAAGGAAUUUUCAACCUUAGUUGGUCAAGCCCAAAUCCUGAACCAUAUCUCCUCCAGUUUGAAGUAAAAUACUCCACAGGCAACCCAGAAAGAGUUUGGAAGGUUAAGGAUAUCUGGCAAAACUCUUUGAUUCUUCAUAAUUUGGAGAGUGGCCUUUCUUAUCUUAUUGUCAUUCGCUGUAAACGUCGCGAUGGCCCAGGGUUUUGGAGUGAUUGGAGUGAUCCUCUACAUGUGAACGUACAGGAAAUUACGUAUUACCCAUCCCAAGUCCUGACAACUGUUGGCUCGGAUGUUACUGUACGGUGCAUUUUCUAUAAUCAGACCCUGACCAAUUACAAUGUAGCCUGGUGGUUAAAUAUGAAUGAAAAAAUCCCCGAAGAUAAUUAUGCUUUAAUCAGUGAUCACGAAACUAGUGUCACUCUCCUCAAUGUAACAUCAAAUGGACGGUCUGGAUUCAACAUAUUGCAGUGUUGCCUUCAAGAUGAAGAAAGAAGUAUAUGUAACUUUCGCUAUGCUGAAAUAAUUAUAAUUGACACAAAAAUUAAUAUUUCAUGCGAGACUGAUGGUGCAUUGGAAACAAUGAUCUGCAGGUGGCACUCAAAUCUAUGGAAACCAGAAGCAGUCAGCAACUACAAGUUAAAAUAUUACAUGAAAGAGUCUUGGUGUGAUAGCCUGGAAGUUGAAAACAAUAGCACUGAUGUUGAGGAAUGCCAAAUGCAGAAGAAUGAAUUUGGCCAAUGUCAUAUUAAGCCCAUUAACCUCAUUUUUGGCCAUGUGAUGUGGGUGGAAUUCAGCCUUCAAGAGACGGCAUUCAAAUCUGCACCAACCUGUGUGAUUCCCAUGGAUGUAGUAAAACCUUGGGCACCCUCUAAUGUUGUGGCAGAAAUCACUUCAGAUGGAGGUGACCUAAAUAUCAGCUGGGAAAAGCCACUUCUGCCACCUUACACACUUCUGUUUGAAAUUCAAUACUCUGAGGAUGGAAUAGAGAGUAAUUGGAAGACUUUAUUUGCUGUCAAUGAAACAUUUGUCAUCACUGAAGUAGCUGAUCCUUGUGCGAUGUAUGUCGCCCGAGUACGCUGUAUGAGAUUUGAAGGGCCUGGAUACCAGAGCGAAUGGAGCAGUUUAGUGAAUACAAAUCUUGCAGACAUCCAGGCACCAACCACAGGGCCUGACUUCUGGCGAUUUAUUGACAGCGAUCCUUUGACCAAACAGUCAAAUAUCACUCUGAUAUGGAAGCCUCUGACAAAAGGUGAAGCCUUGUGCAGCGUGAAGGGUUUUACAUUGAAAUAUCAAUCAAAAGAAAACAUUACCUGGCUGGAACAUGUUGGAGAUGUUACAAGUUACAGCUUUCCUCUGACUAAUGAAAUUAAAAGUGUCUCUGUGAUUGCUUUCAAUUCUAUUGGUUCUUCUAGAAGGAAUUUUAAACUAAUCCUGUCAAAGGACAGCAGCAAAGAGCCUGUUCUUCAUUCUCUUCAAGCCUCCGUAAUAAACAGCAGUUGUGUCGUUGUUUCUUGGAGAGUGCUUCCUCUUAAUUGCCAGCCAACAUCUUUUGUGAUAGAAUGGAAAAGCCUGACAAAUAGUGAUGCAGAGAAUUUGAAGUGGAUGAGGGCUUCUGAAAACAUCACGUGUGUCUACAUUCAUGACCACUUUUAUCCAUCUGUUCAGUACCAACUGACGGUAUAUCCAAUUUUCUCUGCAAAGGAAGGACAACCAAUUAGCCUUUGUAUGAAGAUUAAAAGUGAAGGGGAAGUCACAAGAGCCAAUAAUGAUGGAAUGCAGAACAUUAUUCUACCACUUGUAUUUUUAUCCUCGGUUUUAUUGAUUGGAAUCUUUUUGAUAUCCAAGCAAAGAAUAAGAAGUCUUGUCUGGAAAGAUGUUCCUAAUCCUAACAAAUGCUCAUGGGCUCAAGGAAUUAACUUUAAAAAGUCUGAUGCUGCUGCAAAUGUAUUUGGGAAACACAGUCAAGGUGUAUUCCCUGUUGCCCCACACCUCAUGGAAUCAGAAAUAUUUGCUGCAGCGAUCAUAGAAGAAAUUAUACAAUUUAAUGAAGACAAAGGUGUAAUUGCCACGGAUCCUGUAGGUGAAGUAGUAAUGAAGCAAAAUGCAAAUACGUCAAAUAUUCAGGUUCUGUGUGAAAGUAAUAACUUGGAUGGCAAAAUGGAAGGUGAUAUGGAAACCACUUGUGCACAGUCAAACUCUGAAUAUUCGAAGAUUUUGAUAGAUGUGGAAAUGGAUCCACUUUGCAUAAAACACAAGUGCAUAAACAACUAUUCUGAUGAAGGUGUGUAUUCAGGCAAUGAAACUGACAAUUCUGGUAAUGAAUCUAAUAAUCUGUGGGAAUUUCAAAAACAUACACUUAUGCAGCUAAUUCAAUUUGAUGAAACCAAAUCAAAUUCUAUUAUUUCUUCAGAGGGUUUCUCUGAAUCUCAGGAACAAGAAAGCAAAGUCCUUUUCAAUGGCAAUGAUGAAGGAGUAGAUUCUUGCUACUUGGAACAGACUUCAUUUGAGAACAUUGCUAACAGUGAUACAGAAGGACACACUGUCCAAGAACUGUCACUUCUGGAAAAAUGUUUAUCUCUGGAGUUUCAGAAUCCAUCUGAAAUUUAUUCAAUAUCUUACCUGGAUUCAUUGCUGAAAUUCAGCCUGAAUGGAGAUUACCCUCCUCAGAGGACACUCAGGUCAUAUAUGCCUCAGUUUCAAACAGACUUCUAAGCACUCAAAAACAAGCAAUACAGAUGGCCAAAUAUCAUCUAACCAUCUUAAAGGUUUGCCUGCAAUGGACUAAUGUUUUUUGCCCAUGUAUACAUUAUACUGCAUUGUUUUGUGUUCUUUAAAUCCAUUCCGAACCCAGGAUGUGUGUGUCCCUGAAUAGUGACCUCAUGUGUACUGAACAGUUCAUUCUUGCAUAUUUUUAAUCUUAUUAGCUAAUAAUACUAGAAAGGGUGGUAAGGGCAAUAAACUCAUCAAAAGUCAUAGAAGAUUAAAUAAACCAGUAAUUAUUGAUGAGGUACUGGAAGGGACCCUCUUGGAAUUGAGUUCUAUGGCUUUAAAAUCACCAAUUUUGAAAAUGGAUUGGACUUCAAUAUGGUUAGAAUGCUGAAAAGAGGAAGAACGUACAGGAUCCCAUUUAAAUUUCAGAAGAGGCAUUGCAUUAGUAUAAUCAAAAAGUAGAGAGUAAAGUUUGUUAAGUGACUGAGAUGGUCUCUAGAUUAAAAAUCAAUGCCUUGAUGUCAUAAAAUGCCGAUAACUUCAAUGGUUUGAGUGUUGCAUUGGAACAAAAUUUGAUAAAUUUGGUAUGAUUCCAUAAAUGCAUUAGAAUGUACAGAACUCUGAGCUUGCAUUGUCAAGUUAUUAAAUAAAUCCUGACACCAUUUCUACUAUAAUAAUGUGGUACACAAAUGGAGGCUCAUCAUCGAUGCACCAGUACCUUUUGUUCAAAGAGUAAAUAAAUUCAAAAUAUUCAUACUACUAACCAAUGUUAAGUACCAUUAAUUUUAUUUAAUGCUGAAUUCACCAUUAUUCCUACAUGGAGCUUAGCACAUUUUUUAGUGUAAGGUGAUGAGGAUUUUUUUCUGAGCCUUGAUUAAACUUGACACCUUGAGGGCUUUGUUUAGUGUUAGCCUGGAUAUAGGCUACUUACUUGUACAGGGGCUUGUAUAGUGCCAAUGAGAUGGUACCAGAUUUAAUUCAUGAACCUUGAUAUGUUAGAUGAUCUCCAAACUUUAAGGGUCUGCACUUAUGUUUGUUGUUUCUAGGCUACAGGAAUAAAAUCAA